AAAUGUACUUUGCGGUUAUCUCCCAUGUGUGUGAAAUAGAGCAUCCUGUUUUCAUUUUGUGACAAAGUUGUCAGAAAGAACAACAGAUUAAUAUCUUUGGAAUUAACUAUUUAUUUGGAAUAUUUUUAUAAUUAUGAGUGGUACAACAAAAAGAAGGAGUUCUGAGAAAAGAAAGGAAAAGUCUAGAGAUGCAGCUAGAAAUCGAAGAAGUCAGGAAGCUGAGAUAUUUUCCCAGUUAUGUAAUGCCCUUCCUGUUCCAAGUAAUGUCCAGGCCCAGCUGGACAAAUCUUCAGUCAUGAGAAUUGCCAUCAGUCAUCUAAAAUUGGCCAAAAUCAUAGAAAAAGCAAAUGACGAAGAUGAGAAAACUGAUCAUUUGUGGAUGAAAGCAUUAGAAGGAUUUGUCAUCAUCUUAUCAGCAGAUGUUGAUAUCAUUUUUGUAUCAGAGAGUGUUGCUAAAUACCUAGGCAUCUCACAGAUUGACUUAAUAGGGCAGAGUUUACUAGAGUUUCUUCAUCCAUGUGACCAUGAUGAGAUAGUUGAUCUCUUGUCCCACAAGACCACCAACAAGAAGAAGUCAUUGUUUCUUCGUAUGAAGUGUACUCUCACAACUAAAGGAAGAAGUGUCAACCUUAAAUCUGCUUCUUAUAAGGUAAUCAGAUUGUCUGGUGAGUUCAAAGAAUUUGAGAUGGAAGAAACUAGUGACGAGAAUAAGGAGAACAAUUCACAGCAGUACUACAUUGCUGUUGGAGAGCCGAUUCCACACCCAUCUGACAUAGAGAUUCCGCUGGACGGCAAUACCUUCCUGUCUAAACAUAACAUGGAUAUGACAUUCACAUACUGUGAUGAAAGAAUUGAGAAAUUGAUUGGUUAUGACAGUGAAAGUUUAGAGAAGGAAUCUAUUUAUAACUACCACCAUGCCUUAGACUCUGAGAACUUGGAGAAAUGUUACAAACAAUUGUUCUCCAAAGGACAGGUUAUGACUGAACGCUACAGAUUUUUAGCCAGGAAUGGAGGCUAUGUGUGGGUGAUCACCCAGGCAACCAUCAUAUACAACAAUCGUACACACAGACCAGAAAGUGUUGUGUGUGUUCACUAUGUACUUAGUGGUGUUGAAGAGAAGAAUUUGAUUCUGGCUGGGUUCCAGAAAGAAAUCAAAGAAGACAGUAUGUUGAAGUUUUUCAAACCAAGCACUGAGGAUGUCUUCCAACCUAAAUCAGAAAUCAACCAAGAAGAAAUGGAUAUGUACAUGGCUCCUGGCAUGACUAACAGUAUGAUGGCAGAUACAGCCAUUGACCUUACUCACCUGGCACCUAAUGCUGGAGAUGCUUGUAUACCACUUGCACUGCCUUUCGUCGCUUCUCCAGAGAUAACAACAGAUGAGAAUGUCAAGAAAGCUGAGGAUCUCUUUCCAAGCUUUAAGAAAGAGCCUGAUAGCUUCAUUGCUUGUCGUGGUCAAGACAAAUCAAAGAGUACUGGUACAACUCCAGUGAUGUCACCAGGACAGCCCAGUCCUCCAACACCAGAGGAUUAUUUGACACCUUUCGACCCCAAUGACAUGGACUUUAUGAACACUUUCUUCACUGAUGCACUACCAAGUAACAAUAAUGAUACUUUGGAGGAAUUAAGCAUGAGAGCUCCCUAUAUAUCUAUGAAUGCAGAAAACGACUUCCAACUUUACCCGCCUACAAGUGAAGAGUUACUUGGUUUAAACAAAGAUUUCAAUCCUAUGUUCUAUGAAAGAACAGAAUCAGUGUUUAUACCGAAGGAGAAGAUAUUCCCAGAUCCACCAAAGGAGACUUCUCCAAGCCUCAGAGACUUAUUGGAAGCCCAAAAUGCUCUCUCCAGUAUAGAGAGGCCACAGGAUAAACAGAUCCUUUCAAUGAAGAGACCAUUGGACAAGAGCAGUCUUGAGAAGGGACCACCUGCAAAGAUGUUUAAGAGAGAAACUGGACAACACACAAGUCCAAAAGCCAAGUCCAGUUUUGACAGUGUACUCCUCAACCUGUUGUUGACAGGGGAGGACAAACAGUAUGGUUACACAACUAAAGAUCUGAAGUCACCUAAAGUUCCAAAGGUGACCAUAGCCCAGCCAAGAGCAGCUCCAAACAUAUCACAGCCACAGCGGACUAUUCUCCCAGGAAAGGACCUCUGGUAUACUCUCAAGAUGAUGACCCCAGACGUCUCAAUGUAAAAACUUGACUCAAAUGAAAGCUUGAUAGUGUGUGUAGUCAUCUAUAUAUUCCAUUUGUAGUAACUCUAUGAUGACAUAUAUCUUAUAUUGUAAGGUGACAUAUAUUGUAUAUUGUAUGACGACAUAUAUUGUAUGAUGACAUAUAUACUGUAUGACAAUGUAUGAUGACAUUAAAUAGGGCAAUGCCGUAUUUCAUCAUCAUUCUUUCGGAAUUUGCUUCAUAGCUAUGGUACGUGUAACAUAAGUUUAAGACCCAAGUGCAAUUAUGGUUGGUACUUUUAAAAAAGAAAAAAUCAGUUUGAAUUGUGCAAACGAGAGGUUUGACGCAAAUUAUUAAGCGUUGGUAAAUAGGAAAUUUCGCUUUCAUGUAAAUAAAAGAUCAAAGCCAUGGAAACAGGGUACAGGAUAAGAACAGUGUUGUUGAAUUGACUUUUGACAAAUAGAUAUUUAUGGAAUAGCCUUUAUUUACUCAUUUUCAAUUCUUGGUGGUGUAUUUCUUUUAUUUCUAUUCCUGUCGCCCUGUGCAAAAAAAAGAGAGGAUAAGUUUUCACAAAAACCUGUUUUGCAGAUCAUUUGUAUAAAAUCACAGGCUGUCAAAUCUAAGGAGCGUCAACAUAUGCUUUUCAUAAAACAUGUAUCACAAGAGAUUAGAAAUUUUUCAUGAACACUUGGAAAAAUACAGAAGAAAUAAUUUGUUUGUUAAAUUUGCUGUGAUGUUUUUUUUUCCAUGGCACUUCAGUCACAUUUGUUAAAUUUGUUGAAUUUUUGUAUCAAUAUUAAUUUGUAUAACUUAAAAAUUUUAACACUAGAUCUAGAAUACAUUGUUUGAGAUAUUUUAUUAGAAUAAACUAUCAUGUUUUAACUCAUUCUGACCAGCGUCAGAAGUUUUUUUAGCAUUUCGAAGUUAGUUUCUUUCCCCUUCAUCUAUUAUGUCCAUUAUUAUUUAUUGCAAUUUUUUUUUUCUAAUGCCUGUUUGCUUCUCAUUAAACAAGUUUGAAAAUCGGCCAUCAUGUUAUUAAUGUACAUAUAAAUGUAUAUAGAAUAAACUAAGAAAAAAAACAAUAAAAAAA